AUUUUGCAGUUCAAAAUUUGAAGAGUUUAUCGCUGUGAUUUUGUGGUCGAGGUUCGAGAAAAACCAAGAUGGACAGGAAAGGGAAGAACGCUGCAGCUAAAGGGGGAGAUUUGAAGAGAUAUUUUGUGCCCAUUGCUAGUAGCAGCCAAUCUAAACCAAACACCCAUGAGGUGACUCCAAAUGUUAUGCCAAAUCAAGUUGAAGAGCAAGUGGAAGAAGGGACCAAAAAUAGCUCUAACCCGAGCACCCAUGAAAGUGAUAUAGCACACCAAGAACAAGAGCAAGAACAAGAACUAGAAGGAGGACAGGGGACUUCGGAGCAUGUGGUUCUAGAAGCUGGAGGUAUAACUGAUUUCAUAGAGUAUAUAAAACCUGAUCCCGGACUUCGCAUUCAAAUUGAUGAAUUUGCUCCUAAUGUUAGAGAAGAUGUUAGAUUUGCUUAUCUUAAGAAUGGUCCAACACAACCAUCUCAGCAUAAUUUCCCCCCAAAUAGAGAUAAGAGAUCAUUUCUACCAAAAUGGUUUAAGCAAUAUGAUUGGUUGGAAUAUAGUGUGGACAAGGAUAAGGCUUAUUGCUUCUAUUGCUAUCUUUUCAAACAUAUUGGGCAUGAAAAAUUUGGGCAUGAUGUCUUCAACAAGUUGGGGUAUGAUAAUUGGAAAAAUGCGACGGAAGCAUUCCGUAAACAUGUCGGUGGGCCAUGUAGCAUCCAUAAUAUUUCAAGGGCAGCAUGUGAUGAUUUUAAGAAUCAAAAGGCAAGUGUGAAAAGCAAAGUAACAACUUAUACCAGUGAGUCACUUGUAAAGUAUGAAACUCGUGUGAAUACUUCUUUGGGUAUUGUUAGUUAUCUAGCAUUGCAAGGUGAACCAUUCCGUGGACAUGAUGAAUCUGCUUCUUCUUUAAACAAAGGAAAUUUCUUGGAGAUGCUCGAUUGGUAUAAAGAAAGAAAUAGGGAAGUUAAGCUUGCAUUUGAUGAGCUUUGUCCUAAAAAUGUCAAAAUGACUUCCUCAACUAUUCAGAAAAUACUUGCGAGACAUUGUGCGCAGGCGGUCACAAAAUCCAUCAAAGAAGAGAUGGAUGGUUGUCUUUUCUCUGUUCUUAGAGUUGAAUCCCGUGAUAUAUCCGUGAAAGAGCAAAUGGCCGUGGUUGUGAGGUAUGUGAGCAAAAGUGGAGAUAUUAUUGAAAGAUUUUUGGGUAUUCAACAUGUCCCAAACACAACAUCUCUAGCUUUAAAGAAGGCACUUUUGGAGUUGCAGCUGAUUUUUGUUGCUUUAUCAAGAUGUUGCAAAGGUCUUGAGGAUUUCUUUGAUGAUGUGAAAGAGAUUGCCAAUCUCUCUAGUUCAUCUUGUAGGAGGAAGGAUAUAUUGCUUGAUAAGCACAAAGAGAUUCUUCUAUCUAAGAUCAAGAAAGGUGAAAUGCCCACAGGGAGGGGGGAAAAUCAAGAAACAUCUUUGUGCCGUCCUGGAGAUACAAGGUGGGGUUCUCACUACACAACCUUAUGUCGUAUUGAAUCAAUGUGGGAUGCAGCGAUAGAAAUUUUGAGAAUUGUUGAGUAUGAUUCUCGUAAUCCAACUAAGGCGGGAGGAUAUGUUCAUAAAAUGGAGACUUUUAGUUUUGUGUUCCACAUGAAGAUGAUGUUAAGAUUACUUCGUAUGACAAAUGAUGUAUCUCUUCUAUUGCAAAAGAAGGAACAGAAUAUUGUGCAGGCCAUAUCUCUGGUUACGGAUGUGAGAGCACUUUUGGUCAAUUGGAGAGAUCAUGGUUGGGAUUCACUCUUGGAAGAUGUCAAAUCAUUUUGCAUUGAAAAUGAGAUCAUAAUCCCAAGUAUGGAUACCAUGGUAACAAAAUGGGGUAGAACAAUAAAAGGGGGAAAUUACGCGGUCACCACUGAUCAUUUUUAUCGUGUUGACACCUUUUAUGUUGCCAUGGACUCUAUUAUCACAGAGUUUGAUCAUCGAUUUAAUGAGGCAUCUUCAGAGGUUAUUUAG